CUUCCGGAAGCCGGCAGCGGCCCGGACAGUAGCGCCGGCGAUUGGCAUGGUGACUCCCUCUUAGUCCCGGCGGUGUGCGUUUCACCUAGGAAACGGAAUGGCGCUUCUGUGUUACAACCGCGGCUGUGGCCAGCGUUUCGACCCCGAGGCUAACGCGGACGAUGCUUGCACAUACCACCCAGGUGUACCUGUAUUUCAUGAUGCCCUAAAGGGUUGGUCUUGCUGUAAGAGAAGAACAACUGAUUUUUCUGACUUCUUAAGCAUCGUAGGUUGCACAAAAGGUAGACAUAACAGUGAGAAGCCACCUGAACCAGUCAAGCCUGAAGUCAAGACUACAGAGAAGAAGGAACUGUCUGAAUUAAAACCCAAAUUUCAGGAACACAUCAUUCAAGCCCCUAAACCAGUAGAAGCAAUAAAAAGGCCAAGCCCAGAUGAGCCAAUGACAAACUUGGAAUUAAAAAUAUCUGCUUCCCUAAAACAAGCACUUGAUAAACUUAAACUGUCAUCAGGGAAUGAAGAAGAAAAGAAAGAAGAAGACAGUGAUGAAAUUAAGAUUGGGACUUCUUGUAAAAAUGGAGGGUGUUCAAAGACAUACCAGGGUCUACAGAGUUUAGAUGAAGUCUGUGUAUAUCAUUCUGGAGUACCUAUUUUCCAUGAGGGGAUGAAAUAUUGGAGCUGUUGUAGAAGAAAAACCUCAGAUUUUAAUACAUUCUUAGCCCAAGAGGGCUGUACAAAAGGGAAACAUGUGUGGACUAAAAAAGAUGCAGGGAAAAAAGUUGUUCCAUGUAGACAUGACUGGCAUCAGACUGGGGGUGAAGUUACCAUCUCCGUGUAUGCUAAAAAUUCACUGCCAGAGUCUCAAUGGGGUGCUGGUCCACAAGUUGGAACUCAUACCCGGUACAGUUAA